UUAUUAAACAAUAUUUUGCAGCCCUCGCAGGUUAUCGAUAAACAACUGCUCACAUAACCUGCUGCUGCGACCCCACAGAAUUUAUUUUGUCACCAGAAAACCAUAUUAGUAAGAUGCACAUCACACGCCUUGCCCUGCGUCAAAUUACGCGCCAAGUACAGCUGCAUCGCAUGUACAGCGCAGCAGCUCCGUCAGCCGCAGUUUCGGGAGUCGAAAAACUGGUGCCACCGGUGCCGGAAGGAGCAGCCAAGCCACCAAAUCCUAAAUUGGACUCCAUCGUCGACAACAUUGCCGCCCUCAAUCUUCUCGAGGUGGCCGAACUGAGCAGCCUGCUGAAAAAAAAACUGAACCUGCCCGAAACCGCAUUUGCCCCACAAUUCGCCGCUGGACCAGCACGUGCUGCUCCCGCCGAAGAUGAAGAGGAGGCGGCGCCCAAGAAAGUUCAGACCUCCUUCAAGGUUAAGCUGGUCAAGUUCGACGAGAAACAGAAGGUGGCGCUGAUCAAGGAGGUUAAGAAUCUCCUGGAGGGCAUGAACCUGGUCCAGGCCAAGAAAUUUGUCGAGAGUGCACCCACCAUCGUAAAAGAGGACAUCCCCAAGGAGGAGGCAGAGAAGCUCAAGGAGGCGCUGGCCAAGGCGGGUGCCAUCAUCGAAAUCGAGUAGAAUCUUUGACGGUGCCUUUGUUUUCCCAUAAUGCUAGUUACUGUUUUAAUAAAAAGCCAGGCAACAUUUGCUUUUAA